GAAGAAGCUACGCCAGCCAACACUACUUCGUCGCUUCGAUUCGUAGUCACAAGUUGGGUAGGUGAAAGGUUGAGAAAGAAAGGAAAGAAAAGAAGAGAAAAGAAGUUUUACUUGUAAAAAAGAUAAAACCUCUACCACUCUCUAAAACUAGAGAAAGAGGGAACAAUCCAAUCUAUACCCAUAUAAUCAAGUUGGUGGGUGUGAAUACUUUUGUACCAAACUUUCUCUCUGUUUUUUGGUAACACCAUGGAUUCUUAUGAAGCAACAAGAAUUGUGUUCUCUAGGAUCCAAAAUUUGGACCCUGAAAAUGCCUCCAAAAUCAUGGGUCUUCUUCUGAUUCAAGACCAUGGGGAAAAGGAGAUGAUUAGAUUGGCUUUUGGCCCUGAAGCUCUGCUUCACUCUGUAAUUCUCAAGGCCAGAAAGGAUUUGGGUCUGCCAUCGAUUAACUCGCCGACGACUCCGUCGACGCCGAGUUCUUCCCCGUCUCCGUUCGCUCUUUCGACGAACCCGAUCGCCAUUUCUCGGCAGAGUUCUUCUUCCUCUUCCCGGCUGGGAAUCGGAAUCAGUAUCCCUCCUUCGAGCUCUGCUUCGUGGGCUGCUGCUUUUUCCUCUGAGCUUCAGAAUUCCGACGACCAUUUGAUUAGUCCGGGGAAUUUACCGGUUGGGUCGUCGUCUUCUUCGGGGAAUUCUUCGGUUUUGCCCUUUUCUGAUAUGAUGAUGGAUGAAUUUCAGCUUCACGACCAACUCUCCUUCCUCAACGACAGCUCUCCGACCCUUAAAAAUUCAGACCUGUUUUUCCCGCCGGCGGAUUUGUCGUCUAGCCCCACCGGCGGCGGCGGAUUCGGGUCUUACGGCGGUGACGCCACUUGGGGCGGAGGUCCGGUCCACCGCCGGAGCUGCUCGGUUAACGACGCCUGUUUGGGAGCAGAGGAUUUGAAUUGUGGGUUGGGAUGGAAGCCUUGUCUUUACUAUGCCAGAGGGUUUUGUAAGAACGGAACCAGUUGCCGGUUUCUCCACGGCGACGAUGGCGCCGCCGCCGUCGCCGCCGUCGGGUCGCCGAGCAAGAUAGAGAUGAUGGAAAAUUGCCACGAGCUUCUCAGAUCCAAAUCCGCUGCUCAGCAGCGCCUCGCCGCUGCUUCUCAGCUCAUGGCCUCUGCCAAUUCCUUCCCUUACUCCCCCAAAUCCAUCAAUUUCCUUCUUCAACAGCAACAAAACGAUACCCAGAGGGCCGCUGCGACGGCGGCGGCGGCGCUGAUGAUGGGGGAAGAUCUGCACAAAUUCAGCCGGUCCGGCCGAAAUGAGUUCUCACUUAACGGCAGCGGUGGCGCCGGAAUCGUCAAUCCGGCGUCGAGACAGAUCUACUUGACCUUCCCGGCCGACAGUACUUUCAAAGAAGAAGAUGUAUCGAAGUAUUUCAGCAAUUUUGGUCCAGUUCAAGACGUGAGAAUCCCAUAUCAGCAGAAGAGAAUGUUUGGAUUCGUGACUUUCCUUUACCCUGAAACUGUGAAGCAAAUUCUGGCUAAAGGAAACCCCCAUUUCGUUUGUGAUGCUCGUGUUCUUGUUAAACCUUACAAGGAGAAAGGCAAAGUCCCAGACAAGUACAGGAAGCAGCAGCAAAUGGAACGUGAAUUCUCCGCUUGUGGAACUCCGACUGGGUUGGAUUCGAGAGAGCUUUACGAUCAUAUUCAACUCGGGUCGAGAAUGUUCUAUAAUUCUCACCAAGAUCUGCUAUGGCGGAGGAAGUUGGAAGAGCAACAGCAGGCUGAUUUACAGCAAACUCUUGAUCUUCAAAGUCGGAGGCUUUUGAAUCUGCAGCUUCUUGAUGUGAAGAAGAAUCAGCUCCACCACCACCACCACCGGGCUCUUUCCACUGGCAGCCCAAUUCCGUCCCCGACUCAUUCUCCGAACCCGUUUGCUCAAAAUCUCAUCUUCCCUACCAUUCGCAGCAGCAGCAACAGCAGCAGUAGCUCUGAUGUCGUGUUGAGAGAGAAUGGCUCUUUGCUUGUGCCACAACCAUUGCCCGUUUCGAUCAUGGCGUCGACCGACAUGCCACGACAGCCAUCUCCGGUGAAUAACUUGACCUCUGUCAACGAGUUUCCAUCUAUCGCUGAUAAGGAGAGACCCCAGAUUGAGGACAAUAAUUUACUUGAAUGUUUUGAGCACAAUCUCCCUGAUAGCCCCUUUGCAUCUCCUGCUAAAGCCACCGGGAACUACGCGACGAACUUCUCCGACACAGCAGCAGUCGGGGAGGCAGCAAACAACUCUGAUGACUCGUCGUCAAUUCUUCCAUCAAAUCCGUCUCUGGAAGUAGCAGCAUCAUUCAAAUCCUACAAUUGCCAGAUCCCAAGGUUCUCCUCCAGCCACAGUGCGAUCGGAAUGUAUGCGGGGACGGGCGGCCCGACGUGCCCGGUAGGAAUUUAGCAUCCUAAGCAGGUAAAAGAAAUAGCAAAAAGACAUAUGGGGUGGCAAAGAAAAACUGCUUAGUUUUAACAAUCAUGUCUGGUCAAUUCCAGGAAGAGAUAAAGUAAGUGUUAACCAAAAAACAGAGGACUACCAUAUCAAAACAAUAUCUAUAGAGAAUCAUCAGCAGC